CGACGGACCCACACAGGAGAGAAACCAUUUGCUUGCGAUAUAUGUGACAAGUCGUUUGCUGAAAGUAGUUCAUUGACGAGUCAUCGACGGACCCACACAGGAGAGAAACCAUUUGCGUGCGAUGUAUGCGACAUGUCUUUCAGUCAAAGUUGCAAUUUGACAACACAUCGACGGACCCACACAGGAGAGAAACCAUUUGCGUGCGAUGUAUGCGACAUGUCUUUCAGUCAAAGUUGCAAUUUGACAACACAUCGACGGACCCACACAGGAGAGAAACCAUUUGGUUGCGAUAUAUGUGACAAGUCGUUUGCUGAAAGUAGUUCAUUGACGAGUCAUCGACGGACUCACACGGGUGUGAAACCAUACGCGUGCGAUGUAUGCGACAUGUCGUUCAGUCAAAGUGGGACAUUGACGAGUCAUCGACGUAUCCACACGGGUGAGAAACCAUUUGCGUGUGAUAUAUGCGAUAAAUCAUUCAGUCAAAGUUGCAAUUUGACAACACAUCAACGGACCCACAUGGGUGAGAAACCAUUUGGUUGCGAUAUAUGUGACAAGUCGUUUGCUGAAAGUAGUUCAUUGACGAGUCAUCGACGGACCCACACGGGUGUGAAACCAUACGCGUGCGAUGUAUGCGACAUGUCGUUCAGUCAAAGUGGGACAUUGACGAGUCAUCGACGUAUCCACACGGGUGAGAAACCAUUUGCGUGUGAUAUAUGCGAUAAAUCAUUCAGUCAAAGUUGCAAUUUGACAACACAUCAACGGACCCACAUGGGUGAGAAACCAUACAUAUGCGAUGUAUGUGAUAAAUCUUUCAAUCAAAGUGGCUCAUUGACAA